AUGUACCGGACCGCAGCCGUGCGCGCUCUCCGCGCAGCCACUAGAGCUCCCGUCCUCCGCCAAACCCCCAUUAUCCGACAGACUCCUUUCCUGCAGACAUCCAAGGUCGCUCCUUCAUUCGCUGUUCAGAGCAUAAGAUGCUACUCGGCGCCGGCGGGUCUGUCAAAAGAUGAGGUACAGGGACGCAUCAUGGAUCUUCUGAAGAACUUUGACAAGGUCACGGACGAGUCUAAGAUUACCGGUACUUCGCACUUCCACAACGACCUCGGUCUAGACAGCUUAGACACCGUCGAGGUCGUCAUGGCUAUUGAGGAGGAAUUCAGCAUUGAGAUUCCCGACAAAGAAGCCGACGCGAUCCACAGUGUUGACCAAGCCAUUACUUACAUCUGCGCCCAGCCCGAUGCUCACUAA